CUUGAAUCUCAUGACGUCCCUUUUCUGGUUGUAACUUCCCAAAAGCAUGUGAUUUCCAUCUCUAAACUUCUUCUGCUCUUUUUUUCUUGUGCGCUGCUCUUUAAUUUCUCCCCUUCUCCUUUUCCUUCUUCUUUACCAUUUUCUCUUAUCGAAUAUUGCAGACUAAGUCGUUCACCUUAUUUUUUUUCCCCUCCGUGGCCGUCAAUUCCCCCUCCAUUGUUCUCCCGUGUUCCUGGCGGUCGCCCAUAUGCUCCGCCGUCGCCUGGCCAAGGACGACAAUGCCCAGUCCUCUUCAACGGACACGGCUCGCGAUGAAAGCGAAGUAUCGCCCGAAGUUCAGGCCGUGACGGCGCCAGAAAAACCGAAAAAAGAGUCGUUUGUCACUAAACCAAGGAGCAAACGUCGCAAUGGCCUCAUCUUCGUGCUGGGUGGCAUCUUCGGAAUCCUUGUCGCUGCUUUUUUCGCUAACCAGCAGGACGUGAUCAGUCUUGAUUCUUUGAUGGACUUGAAUUUGGAUGCGUUGAUGGAUGUUAUACCGCAGGGAAUCGUCAAGGAUGUGAGGGAGUUUUCCCAACAUGAACGCGAUGCCGUCAGCUAUGAUUCCUUCUCCGUCGGUUUACAGCUUCAGUCGCAGGGUAUUGAAGCCAAGCAUCCCAUCGUUAUGAUCCCCGGCGUUAUCUCUACCGGACUCGAGAGCUGGGGCACCGACAUAUCCUCCCGCCAGUACUUCCGUCGGAGACUCUGGGGCAGUUGGAGCAUGAUGCGCGCUUUGGUCUUAGAUAAAGCAGGGUGGAAGAACCAUAUUAUGCUGGACAAGGACACCGGGUUGGAUCCACCGGGAAUCAAGUUACGAGCAGCCCAGGGCUUUGAUGCGACAGAUUUCUUCAUCACCGGUUAUUGGAUCUGGAAUAAGAUCCUCGAGAACCUGGCGACCAUCGGGUAUGAUCCGACAAAUGCUUUUACUGCCGCUUAUGAUUGGAGACUGUCCUACCUGAACCUAGAGGUCCGUGACCAGUACUUCAGUCGGCUGAAGUCCUACAUUGAGACUGCCGUUCUCGUGAGGGGAGAAAAGGUGACUCUGGCUUCGCAUAGUAUGGGCUCGCAAGUUGUGCUCUACUUUUUCAAAUGGGUGGAACAUCCGGAAUACGGUAACGGAGGCAGUGACUGGGUUAACAAGCAUAUUGCCUCCUGGAUCAACAUUAGUGGGUGCAUGCUGGGCGCCGUCAAAGGUUUGACGGCUGUCCUGUCGGGUGAGAUGAGAGAUACUGCCCAACUAAACGCCUUUGCCGUGUACGGACUGGAGAAAUUCUUGUCCAAGGAGGAACGAGCUGAGAUCUUCCGAGCCAUGCCUGGUAUCUCGAGCAUGCUCCCCAAGGGCGGAGAAGCCGUAUGGGGCAAUUCGACUUGGGCUCCGGACGACCUGCCCGGCCAGUCCAUGACUUACGGAAGCCUGCUGAAGUUUCGGGAGAGCAAUUCAUCCUUGACUUCCAAGAAUCUCACCGUAUCUGAAAGCUUGUCGUAUCUUAUGGACCUGAGCGAUGAGUGGUAUCGCAACCUAGUCCUAACUAGCUAUUCGCACGGCGUCGCACAUACUACCGCGGAAGUCGAAGCAAAUGAAAAUGACCCUCGCACAUGGCUCAAUCCCCUUGAAGCCCGAUUGCCGUUGGCCCCGGAUAUGAAAAUCUACUGCUUCUAUGGCGUCGGCAAGCCAACCGAACGCAGCUACUUCUACCAGGAAGAGCGCGAUCCCCUGGUCAGCCUGAACGUAAGUAUUGACACCACUGUCACCAACAACGACGGGGUCGACCACGGCGUUAUCAUGGGCGAAGGCGACGGCACCGUCAACCUACUGAGCACAGGCUACAUGUGCGCCAAAGGAUGGCACAUCAAACGGUAUAACCCGGCCGGAAUCAAGAUCAAGGUCUUCGAAAUGCCCCACGAGCCAGACCGUUUCUCUGCACGCGGUGGUCCAAACACAGGCGACCACGUUGACAUCCUCGGCCGGGCUUCUCUCAACGAGCUCAUCCUCCGCGUCGCAGGCGGUCACGGCGACGAAAUCGAAGAAACCUUUGUCUCUAAAAUCAAAGAAUACGCAGACCGGGUGCAGAUCUUCGAAGAGUAAUAGAUUUAAUACCCUUCCUUUCUACAUUCUCUUUCUUUCUUUCUUUCUUUCUCUCUAUGACUUAACUUUCAGCGUAUAUCUAUUAUACAGUAAUUCUGUGUUGUAUUAUGGUUAGGGGAGACGGACGAUGUUAUAUCCCUUUUUUCAUGCUCAUGGGGGACCGGAGAGGCCAUGUAUAGACAGACAAGACAGAUUUUAGAUAUCAUAAACGAUCAAUUGAUAUCAAUGAACC